UUUAUUAGUUUUAACUCUAAUAAAUGGUAAUAGAUACACUUUCUAUACUUUUAUUAAAUAAAUAUGCAAGUAUAUAGUUACCUUAACUUGUAUUUCUUAUUUAUUAAGUGAGGGUGUUAAUAUUUAAGAAAAUUGUAAAUUGUGAUAUUCCGUCUUUUCAUAAACCAGAGUUAUCGUUCGCAACAGAGUUGUCUUUUCCUUAGAGCAGGUACACGGCCAUUUUGGAUGUAAACGUAUUUAAGUUGUUCGUCACGAUCAAGACUGAGAGAGUGGUUUGUUGUUGUUUUUUGUUUGUUUGGAUAAUGGGUAAAGAUUACUGUGCCAUUAAAGGAUGUCACAAUACUACUGGCGUUAUAGGAAAGUUCGGCAAAGCUGUAAAACUACACCAUCUUCCUAAAAAACAGUCGCUGAGGAGUGCUUGGAUUCGGGCCAUAAGUAGAUCGAAUUACAAGGGGGGUCAUUAUACCUACGUCUGCUCUGACCAUUUUCCAGAUGGGGAUGGACGUACGUGGAAGCAUGAGGUCCCAACACUGUUUCUCCCUCAAAGGACAGAAAAAACACACAAACAACGAAGUACAAAGAACAGCACACUUGGCACAGAAAUGGAAACUGAACUUGAAGAUGUUGGUGCAGAAGCCGUAUCUGAAGACCUGGUGUUUAGCACGUGUACCUUACCAAUUGUAAUGGAUCACCAGUAUUCUGUUCAGUCGGAGGUUGGUGAGAAUGAGGUGAACUGUGAGGAAUCGUCUACUACGGCUUCUACACAGACAGAGACAACAAUGCGGGAUCAGUCCAUACAUGUUAUACGACCAGAAAUUUCCGUAGAAGACAUUCCGGACGACAAAGUACAGUUUUAUACUGGUUUUCCAGAUUUCGAUACAUUUAAAGCACUUUUUGAAACAUUGUGUGAAUUUGGUAUGGAUGAUAUGGAGUAUGAUCAGCGUAUGAAACUGAGACUUGUAGAUCAAUUUCUGUUAGUUAUGAUGAGGCUACGUUUAGGUCUUCUUGUUAAAGAUCUUGCAUACAGAUUCAAGUUAUCUAGUUCAACAGUGUCUAGGAUAUUUUCUAGGUGGAUAAUCUUCAUGAAACAGUGUCUCUCUUCUACUGUGUUUUUACCAGAACUUAAACAUUUGCAACAGAGAAUUCCUACUUGUUUCAAAAAUUUUUCUGACACACGUAUUGUAUUAGAUUGCACAGAGGUAAUUAUCCAGACACCGUCAUCAUUGGAAAACAAGAGCCUGACUUAUUCAAACUACAAAUCUCGCAAUACCUUCAAAUCAUUGAUUGGGGUCUCAAUGACAGGAGCAGUUUGUUUAGUUUCAAAAUUGUGGGGCGGUUCGACAUCUGAUGUGUAUAUUACUAGACAUUGUGGUUUGCUAGAACAUAUACAACCUGGAGAUGCAGUUAUGGCGGAUAAAGGAUUCAUUCACAUAAAAGCUGAUCUUGAGAAAAAAGGCGCAAAACUGUACUGUCCACCAUUUAAAACAAAAAACCAGUUCACAAAAGAAGAAGUUGAAAAUACCAGACGCAUCGCUUCAGCGAGAAUCCACGUGGAAAGAAAAAUGGAGCAAAUAAAAAACUUCAGAUUAUUACAAGGCGUUAAUCCACUAUCUCUUGCUCCUAUUGCAAAUGAAAUAUUUUUUGUAUGUGCAGCACUCACCAAUGUUUUGCCGCCACUUGUUAAUCAGUGAAUCAAUAUAUUGUAAUUACAAAUGUGUGUGGUGUCAUGCAUCACUAGGGUUACAAUCAUUUGCAUAGGAAUGCUUAGAUUUAAUAUUGUGCUCUUAUUAAGACCCAUAUUAGAACAUGCCUUCAUGUAUUAAACUAUUUCAACACUUGUUUUAUAUGUGAAAGAAAAAUGUCUGUAUGAAAUAAGAAAUUCAUAGCAUAGAAAAUAUUUGCAUAUUUGAGAUUCUGUUUGAAUUGAGCAGUUUUGUCAAGUAGUUAUUUAUUAUUUGGUUAAUUGUUUUAAAUGGAUUCAUUUGAUAUUUGUAAGUCUUUAUUGUAUUAUUAUAUAUCAUACAAUAUGCAUUGCUUCCUUUGCAUUCCAAUUAUUAUUCCGUAAAUAGUACAUUACAUUUGCUGUAUUGUGCGAUAUUUGAGAGAUCUGUAUUUCAAUCAGAUUGUCAUAUUAAUUUCACCAUGAUCUUCAAGAUUAUAAUAUCACUGUCAACAGUCAAUUAAAUAUUAUCAUAAAUGAUACACACCUUUUCUUGUCCUCUUUAUUUUCAACAUUGCAAUUUAAUUUGAUUUCAAACAUGGCAUAACAAAUUUCAUGUAGAAUGAUUUCAACUUUUUAAAAAGUGAAUCCCAAAAAUCCUCAUUGAAUGGGAUUUCUACCACAAUUAAAUCCUGCAAUGUAUACAGUACAAGGUGACACAAUUUGUACUGGCAUACACCCAUUUGUCCCUGAAUUUGGGUGUAAUACCUGUGAUUUUGUUUCAGUUGGAUUUUGUUGUUUGCAUCAAGAUAGCAGCAAAAAUCUUUUGCCUUACAAGCUUCAAGUAUAGUAUUAUUUCUCCAUUUAAACGGACAUUUGAUUUCAACCAAAUAUGCAUUGGUUUGUUUCUGCACUUUACCAUCGGGGCUCGCACCAAUAACCAUAAAUGGCUGAAGCACAUGCAAGCCACUACUUCUAACAGAUAUUUUCUGUUUGUGAUGUAGGCGCAUAUGGGCUUGAUAUCGCUUCUUUGCAAUAUUUUCAUGUUUUAAUCCCCAUUUAAUGGCUGCUGUGCUUACCUUAUCCCUAUUCUCACCAAUAACCUUUUCAACUAACUUAUCAGGAUUUGUGCUUUCUUUUCGUUUUAGCACAUCAUGGAACAUUGAUGCAGUUAGUCUGCCUUUACGUGCGUCAAACCACAACAUGUUGUCAGAUUGAUCCCUCGUUCUUAUUUCAAUCUCAUCGCAGAUUUCACUUGAAACCAUCAUUUGACUAGUAUCUGAAGUAGCAGCUUGUUGAAGACAUGCUUGUAUAUUGAUAAAUUUGUCUGAUUCAUAACUAAUCAUUUCUGAAGUUUCUACUUCUUCCUCUUGCCCUACAUUCAGAUCAUCACUAAUUUCAAUAUUGUUAUCGUGUGAAUUGUUAAUGAGAUGAUGAAUAACGGCGUUUUUGUUUUGUAAUCUACUGCAUAAACUUUCACAAAAU